AUGUCGCUUUCCCUCGCCAACCUUUCACUCGGCCAGCUUUCUGACCGCUUGUCGCUCGACCGCAUCAAGUCGGACGUCAGCUCACUCCAGACGACGCUCUCCAAAGUCAGGCCGCCGCAGGAGUUCUUGGACUACCGGCGCCUUUCCAAACCCGCCAACUUGGGCGAGAUCCAGAGCAGGGUCGGGUACAAUUUGGGCUACUUCCAGGCCAACUACAUCGCCAUUGUGUCCGUGUUGUCCGUGUACGCGCUUGUGACGAACUUGUUGUUGUUGUUUGUGAUUUUGUUCGUGUGCGGCGGUAUUUUCGGGAUCAGCAAGUUGGACGGCGACGACUUGGUGUUGCCCGUGGGCCGCUUCACGACGUCGCAGCUCUACACGGGGUUGUUGAUUGUGGCGGUGCCUUUGGGCUUUUUGGCGAGCCCCAUUUCCACCAUGAUGUGGUUGAUCGGUUCGUCGGCCGUGUCGGUCUUGUCGCAUGCGUCGUUCAUGGAGAAGCCCAUCGAGACGGUGUUCGAGGAGGAGGUCUAG